AUGCCAUACCAGGCGCCGGUGGAGGAGGAGAAUGAGAAGAGCGGGGGAGCCAAAGGCGGCUUCCAUCCUAGAGGCAAACCACACACUGUGUCCGGGGAGACUAGGGAUCCCUCUUCCAAAGACAAAAGGGAAGAAGAAGCUGACAUCCCUUCUUCCCAUGGUAAGAAAAGGGCCGCCUCCGAGAGUUGGGAGGUAAGGGCUCCUAAGCAGGGCAAAACGCCCCUGUCGGGCGGUUCAGGAUCGGAAGGUGUUGUUGUCGCACAAUCCCUUCGUAAGGACAAGCCUCCAGCCGAAUUGGCAUAUUUCCUUCACCCAACUCGCUGCCGUGGUCGUGGCCGCGCCCGGCUCGACCGCGACCUGCAGCGGGUCAACGGCGAGCUGCGGGUGGCGUUGGCCGCGGAGGAGAAGAACAAGCGGGCCAUGGAGGAGCUAGUGCUAGUGCUCAAGGAGGUGAACACGGAGCUGCACACCACGCGAAACUUACUUGCGCACGCUCAGCAUGAGUCGGAGACGACGAGGCUGGAGUCGUACCAGUUGCACGUGUCCCUGAAGCGCAAGGACGACAAGGUUCGCGCGCUAUCCGACGAGGUGGCCCGCCUCUGCACCGACGCCGAGGAGGCGUUCGCCACAUUCUGGGGUAAGGAGGCCAGGUUCACAGCAUGGAUGAAGUCGUCGGAGGUAGAGCUCGCCACGUCUCGGUGCGAGAACGCGCGGCUCCUCGAGUCGCAGCGGUCCGGGCAGCACGAGGUGGCCAAGCUGCGGGACAUCCUGAAGCAGGCCGUCAAGGACACCAAGUUCGUCAAGGAGGCGUCGGAGGAGGCGAGGAGAGAGAACACCAUGCUCAAGGAGAUGGUCGGGAGCAAGGACACCGCCGUCAAGUGCAACAAGGAGGAGCUGGAGUGCCUCCGGGUGAGCGAGGCCGCGGCGCGCGACAACGUCAAGGAGCUGCAGAGUCUGCUGGUGGCCACAUCGGUGAGCCCCACCCCCACACCGUCCGCGGUGGCAGGAGCGGGAAGGUCGUUUGACCUGGAGGACCUGUCGUCGCUGUCGCCGCGGGCGCCGACGGACGGGAUCGACGAGAUCGCAGUGGAGUAG